AUAUAUAUAUAUAUAUAUAUAAAACAUUCUGGACCAGAGACAUGGCUUCAAGUAAUAAUGCAGCAGGUAAAUGGGAGGUAGUUAAGAAAGGGAAGAAGAAUAGCAGCGCAGGAGGAGGCAAGACCUCGUCUGACAAGAAACCCGGAGGAAGGAAAGCUCUGGGAGAAUCUAACCAGCCGUCCAGACCACCCCAGGUGAUGUCGGAGACUCUGUACGACAACUUUGAGAAGAUGGGAAAGAAACAGAACAAGGAGCAGGUUCCACCGCCGGCCGAGUCCGAAAACAAGAAGCCCUCUUCAAGUAAACCAUCCAAGAAAUCGCACUCCAGCAGCACGGUACCCCCCGCAACUCAAAAGACCCUCGAGGAAGCCUUCAAAACUUUGGAUGUCGGGGACCUGAAGCAGCAGCUGGCUCGCAGUCAGACCCUGUUCCCAGAAAACCCGUCUGUGUGGGUCAAAGACCUGGCAGGAUACCUCAACCUCAAUCUGACUGCGCCAGAGACCGAGCCCACACUCAGCAGCUAUGCUCAUGACUACCCAUACUGCCUUUCAGGGAAAGAGCUGAAAGGGGUGAUCAAAGGCCUCAUCGGACGCUGCAGUGAUGUUCUGCCGGAUUUCUUCGACCACUGUGUUUACACUAUGCUCAGGGAGAUGGACAGACAGGCGGGAGAACCUCUGCAUGGCUACAGAGUUUGCAUCCAGGCAAUCCUGCAGGACAAACCCAGGAUAGCCACCCAAAACCUGCCAGAAUAUCUGGAGUUACUGCGAUCCGUUCAGAAUCGUCCAGUGAAGUGUUUGACCAUCAUGUGGGCUCUUGGCCAAGCUGGAUUUUAUGACCUCAGCCAGGGACUAAAAGUGUGGCUGGGUAUCAUGCUGCCUGUGCUGGGAGUGAAGGCCUUGUCUUCAUAUGCCAUUGCAUAUCUGGAGAGACUUCUCCUACUUCAUGCAAACCUGACAAAGGGAUUUGGCAUCAUGGGUCCUAAAGAGUUCUUUCCUUUGUUAGAUUUUGCUUUCAUGCCCAAGAACGCCCUGACAUCAAGUCUUCAGGAGCAGCUGAGGCGUCUGUACCCUCGGCUGAAGGUCCUUGCAUUUGGAGCCAAACCCGAGAACACAUUACACACAUACCUGCCAUCAUUUCUGUCCAGAGCCACACCGCACUGUCCAGAGGACAUGAAGAGAGAGCUGCUCAGCAGUAUGACGGAGUGUCUGUGUGUGGAUGUCCAGAGUCUCGGAGUGUGGAGGCAGCUCUAUACCAAACACCUACCGCAGUCCAGUCUGCUGUUGAAGCAUUUAUUGAAGUCCUGGAAUAUCCUCCCACCAAAGCUCCGGAAAAACCUUGAAGAAACGGUGCAGUCUUUCAGAGUGACCAAUGAGGAGAUGAAAGACACCGUGGAAUCUCUGGAGCUUCAGGACUGCAACAGCCUGUGUCAGAAUCUGCAGGUGAAGAUGCGCGGCCGUGGGUUCCCGUGGUCCAAACUGCUCAUGGUUUUGCUCGUGUUUGUCGCCGGCUUCAUUGCUCACGACAUCAGAUCUCGUGGCUCCUUCGCAGAUUCCACCACAGCCCUGUAUCUACGCAACUCGGGGGUCACAGCCGUAUCGCAGCAGGCCUGCAGCAAAAUACAGGUCUACUCCAAACAGGGCUUCAGCUGGUUGGAGACGAACACGCCUCAUUAUUACUCUGAGUGUGCACGGGUUUUGGGCCCACUAAUGGACCAAGGUUUGGAAAAGACUAAAACAGCGGCCAUCUUCAUCUCUGAAAACACCACGCAGUUUAUUCUCUGGGUCAAAGAAAAGACACCGCAGGCCAUAGACUGGGUGAACACCAACACUCCCGACAGUGUAUUCCAGGUGUUGGCGUAUUUAAAGCAGCUGCUCCUCUCCCUCCAUCAGAACUACAUCUUGCCAGCACUGGCGUUUAUAUCUGAACUGCUACAACGAGCGUGGAGCAACCUACAGGACUCCUGCAAUGGUGAGGUGUCCGUCUCGUGUCUGCAGGGCCACGCCGUGUCCUUCACCAACACAACGUGGCAGCUGCUCCAACACACAACGUUGGCCAUUAAGACGUGGGCCCAGGAGCUGCUGACACAGCCGUGAUGACGACACAGAUACCGACUAAUUUACACACGCAAUACACACGCAUGAAGUUAUACACACACACACACACACACACGGCGACCUAGUCUGAGGCUGCCUUUCAGUGCGCUGGCCCCCGUGCUAUGAUUGGACACUGUGGGGUCAGACAAACGAACUCUCACUCAAAAGGACCCAUCUAUUAUUAUUUUGGUUACAUUUUUAAAUCACUUUGAUAUUGUAAAAUGUUUUUUUUUUUUUUUCUACCAAUCUUUUUGUCAAUGCUGGAAGCAGAGGUCCUCUCUCUCGCUCUCUCUCUCCGUCUUGCUCCGUCUCUCUCUCUCCGUCUCUCUCGCUCUCUCGCUCUGUCUCU